CGCUCGGCCCGGAAGCUCUUGAGUCGAAGACACCACCUCCCGGAUGACCCGAUUUGUAGCUGCUGGUUCAAGUGGUCUCCCCUGUCCACCACUAUGGCCUGGACCAAGUACCAGCUGUUCCUGGCCGGGCUCAUGCUGGUCACCGGCUCCAUCAACACGCUUUCAGCAAAGUGGGCCGACAACUUCAAAGCUGAAGGCUGUGGAGGAGGCAAGGAGCACAGCUUCCAGCAUCCCUUCCUCCAGGCAGUGGGCAUGUUCCUGGGAGAGUUUUCGUGCCUCGCCGCCUUCUACCUGCUCCAGUGCAGAGCCAGAAGACAGUCCGACUCCAGUGUAGAGCCCCAGCAGCCCUUCAGUGCCCUGCUUUUCCUGCCGCCAGCCCUGUGCGACAUGACUGGAACCAGCCUCAUGUACGUGGCCCUGAACAUGACCAGCGCCUCCAGCUUCCAGAUGCUGCGGGGUGCGGUGAUCAUCUUCACGGGCCUGUUCUCCGUGGCCUUCCUGGGCCGGAGGCUGGCACCAAGCCAGUGGCUGGGCAUCCUGGCCACCAUUGCGGGACUGGUGGUGGUUGGCCUCGCUGACCUCCUGAGCAAGCAUGACAGUCAACACAGGCUCAGCGACGUCAUCACAGGUGACUUGUUGAUCAUCAUGGCCCAGAUCAUCGUUGCCAUCCAGAUGGUGCUGGAGGAGAAGUUUGUCUACAGACACAACGUCCACCCACUCAGGGCAGUGGGCAUUGAGGGCUUCUUCGGCUUUGUGAUUCUCUCGCUGCUCCUCGUGCCCAUGUACUACAUCCCCGCUGGCUCCUUCAGUGGGAACCCUCGUGGGACGCUGGAGGAUGCCCUGGAUGCCUUCUGCCAGGUCGGCCGCCAGCCCCUGAUCGCCCUGGCUCUGCUGGGCAACAUCAGCAGCAUCGCCUUCUUCAACUUCGCGGGCAUCAGUGUCACCAAGGAACUGAGUGCCACCACCCGCAUGGUGCUGGACAGCCUGCGCACCGUGGUCAUCUGGGCCUUGAGCCUCGCACUGGGCUGGGAGGCCUUCCACCCGCUGCAGAUCCUCGGUUUCUUCAUCCUCCUCAUGGGCACCGCCCUCUACAACGGGCUGCACCGUCCACUGCUAGCCUGCCUGUGCAGGGGCUGGCGUACGCCCACCCAAGAGGGUGAACAGGAGAGACUGCUGGGUGACAGCCGGACUCCUAUCAAUGACGCCAGCUGAGCCCCUGGUGGGGGUCUCUGCUGCCAUCAGAUGACUGAGGCCAUGCAGACUGGUGGGCUGUGAGAGCCCUAUCCCUAAGGCCUCACGCCACCCUUCCCUAGUGACCCCUUCGGGCAGCUGCUGCCAGAGAGGAUGGCAGAACACCAGGUCCUCUUUUAUUCCUGAAGCCUGUAAUGUUGGGACCCAGCCUCCACAGGCCUGGAUAUGGCAUCCACUCUCAGCCCUCCCAGUUCUUCCUGCUGUGCUAGGGCAAAAAUGUGAACUUGAACAGCAGGAAUUCACAACCCUAAUAUUUUGUGUUAUACACUAACUUGUCCUGGUAGAUUAUCUAGCUUAUGAAUCAUAAGCUACAAAGAAUCCAGUGAGCAGAUUCAAAUCGGAACCGAACUUGUAACAUACUCCUUAAGCCUGUCCGAAGACCUAGCUUUAGGUCUCGACUGCACAUACAGUGUGUGCACCAGAUCUGGCCACUCUGGAGCACAGGUGUACAUGAUGUGACUUCAGUGCCUUGUGGCCCCAGCAUUCUGUGGGCCUCUGAUUGUCACUAGCCUGAGAAAAGAAAAGUGGUACCUCUCCUCCCCAUGGUGGUUUUUUGCCACUCUGCAGCCUUGGCUGUCCUGAAACUCAUGACAUAGACCAGGCUGGCCUGGAACUCAUGAUGUAGACCAGGCUGGCCUCGAACUCACAGAGAUCCACCUGUCUCUACUUCCUCAGUGCUGGAAUUAAAGGUAUAUAUCAUCAUGCCUA